GGGGUGGCGGGGGGCGGCGAGAGAGACCGGCUCUGGGCUGUGCUGUCACUGGGUGCGGAGACAGUCGCCGUUCAGCUGAGCUCCCUCCCUCCCUCUCUCCCUCCCUCACAUCCCCGCCGGUCAGCCUGUCACCAUGUACCGGUAUUUCGGUGAGCUCCUGGCCCGGGGGGUCGCCUCCUCCUCCUCCGCCGCCGCCGCCGCCGCUUCGCCCAGCGCUGCCGCUGAGAGCGGGCUGCAGCGCCUGUGCAGCGGGGCCGCCCUGCUCCAGUGCAGGCGUUACUGCAGCGAUCCCUCCGCCGCCGCCGCCGCCGCCGCCGAGGACGACGACCCCAACUUCUUCAAAAUGGUGGAGGGCUUCUUCGACCGCGGCGCCAUGAUCGUGGAGGACAAGCUGGUGGAGGACCUGAAGACCCGGGAGACGGACGAGCAGAAGAGGAACCGGGUGCGGGGUAUCCUGAAGAUCAUCAAACCCUGCAAUCACGUCCUGGCCCUGUCCUUCCCCAUCAAGAGGGACAACGGCGAGUGGGAGGUGAUCGAGGCCUACAGAGCUCAGCACAGUCAGCACAGGACACCGUGCAAAGGAGGGAUCCGCUACAGCAUGGAUGUCUCCGUAGAUGAAAUUAAAGCUCUGGCUUCUCUGAUGACUUACAAGUGUGCUGUGGUUGAUGUGCCGUUUGGAGGUGCCAAAGCUGGAGUGAAGAUUAACCCAAAGAAAUACACAGAUUCAGAAUUAGAGAAAAUCACAAGAAGAUUCACCAUCGAGCUGGCGAAGAAAGGGUUCAUUGGACCUGGCAUUGAUGUACCAGCCCCUGAUAUGAGUACGGGUGAGAGAGAGAUGUCCUGGAUCGCUGACACCUUUGCCACCACAAUGGGACACCAGGAUAUCAAUGCUCACGCCUGUGUAACAGGGAAGCCCAUCAGCCAGGGUGGCAUUCAUGGCCGCAUUUCUGCUACAGGCCGCGGGCUCUUCCACGGGAUUGAAAACUUCAUCAAUGAAGCCUCCUACAUGAGUGUGCUGGGCAUGACCCCAGGUUUUGGAGACAAGACUUUUGUCAUUCAGGGAUUCGGGAAUGUGGGUCUGCACUCCAUGAGGUACCUUCAUCGUUAUGGCGCCAAGUGUGUGGGAAUUGGUGAAAUAGAUGGGGCUAUCUGGAACGACAAUGGCAUCGAUCCCAAGGAGCUGGAAGACUAUAAACUGGCAAACGGAACAAUUGUUGGAUUCCCCAAAGCGAAGCCAUACGAAGGGCAGAUCCUGGAGGCAGAGUGUGACAUUCUGAUCCCCGCUGCCGGAGAGAAGCAAAUGACAAAGAGAAACGCCCACAAGGUCAAGGCAAAGAUCAUUGCUGAAGGAGCCAACGGACCAAUAACUCCUGAAGCUGACAGGAUCUUCCUGGAGAGGAACAUCAUGGUGAUUCCGGAUCUGUAUUUGAACGCCGGAGGAGUCACCGUCUCCUACUUUGAAUGGUUGAAAAACCUGAACCACGUCAGCUACGGCCGUCUGACCUUCAAAUACGAACGGGACUCCAACUACCACCUACUCAUGUCUGUCCAAGAAAGUUUGGAGAGGAAAUUUGGCAAGCAUGGUGGUACAAUACCAGUUGUGCCAACAGCGGAAUUCCAGGCCAGGAUUGCGGGUGCCUCCGAGAAGGAUAUUGUGCACUCUGGACUUGCAUACACCAUGGAGCGCUCAGCCAGGCAAAUCAUGCGCACGGGCAUGAAAUACAACCUGGGUCUGGAUUUGAGAACCUCAGCUUACGUCAACGCCAUUGAGAAAGUCUUCAAAGUGUAUAAUGAGGCUGGCCUGACCUUUACAUAGAGUUUGUUUCAUAAUGUUUGUUUCAAAUCGCCCUUCCCCCUCUCACUGGCCUCAAACAUAUCACACGUUUACAUAUAAUACUAGAGAUUUUUAAUGUUUUUUUUACCUUUUAAACCAUCAAAACACUAGUUCUCCAAUAGAAGCUGUCGGAACUAGUCAAUAGCUUGAAUAAUCAUCUAAUUAACACUGUCUAAGUGUCGAUAUUAAGGCUUACAGAAAACCUUUGCAACCUCGAACUGCUGCUUACAAUUACCUCCCCCCGGCUCGGCAUUGUACCCCGCCACUGUCAGGCGCUCUGGGACGCUACCCUGCGUGAGAGGCGCUAUAUAAAUGCAAGAUGUUGUUAUUGUUGCUUAGAACCACGUUUUAUGGAACCAAUGAAUGGAGCCUCAUCUGUGGCACAUUCUGUUCUGGAUCUGAUAGCCAGUCCUGUUCUACACAAACCCGCAGAUGAGAACCAGUUUGAGAUUGGGGCCUGGACUAUUUGCCACUAAAUUUAAUUGUACCACGCCUCAAUGGGAUGGGUUUCUUCAAGGGAUUGUCAAUGUUUCUUUUACUGUUUCAUAUGUGUGCUAGUCAGCCCUCAUAAUUCUCGGUAGUGUGCUUCUUUAGAAGCCUACUGUCUUCAGGAAGUUUUUGCACUGUUUACAGGCAGUCGUUGCUGAGCAACACACUGCAGUGGAUUGAUGAAUACAGCAAUGGUCUUUUCUAUUCAGCAGUAUGUGAGUGUAUGGACUGCCAGAGCACAGCUGUAUUAAGCCAUGGUUAUCUGGGAUUUGGAAUCCCCUUCCCAUAACUGAGACCUAGAGUGGAUAAAGUGGGGAAAAAGAGGUAAUCAAUGCACAGAUAGGAUCUUCCCCACCAAGGGGAGAUUUCAUUACUUCUUUCCCAACCUCCCCCUAAAAAAAACCCAAUGUGGUAAUUUCUACACUGUACUACACAAUAGCUGGCUUAAAGAGAAGGCAUGUGCAUUAAUGCACAUGUUCACAUUGAAGAAAAGGAAUGCUUUUAUUUUAUUGAGAGCACUCGGGUUUGUGAACAAAGCAUAUGACUAUAGUUUGUGAGUCAGCAAAGAUGAGCUAAUGCUGUGGAGUGCAUGCAUGUCUCUGUUGCUUCUUUGUGACUGGAGGUUGGAGUGGGGGAGGAGAGAGAAGGAUUGAAGUGUCCGGGAUUCUGCAAGCCUUUUUGGAAACCUACAGCUGUCAAAAGUCUGCAGUUAGUCAGUCUCCUUCAGUCUUCAAACUUGCCUCAAACACUUGUCUGAAUAACACAUAUAGGAUAUAAAAAUAUUGGUGUUCCUUUAUGAGCAGUAGCUCGUUGUUUGCCUAUAGACUUUUUCUUUUGACCUUUCUUCCCUCCUCGGCCCACCCAAUAUAUAUGUAAAGUAAAGCCAUAAAGACUUGGCACCCAUUGGCUACCCGUAAAGUGGGGUUGUCCAAGUAAGAGCAAUUUAUACUGCAAUGAAGAUUAUUUUGUUUUGCAGACUGAACAGGCAAAUGAUUUGGCAAGGCCAUUUUGUAAUCUUGCCUGUUUAGAUUUACAACGAUGCACUUUCAACCAUAGCAACUGGAUUCCUUUGAACCGCCUAGAUCUAAUUGUUAGGGUUGGGUCGCUUGUAACAACCCCCAGGGUAUUAUCAAUGGCGCCAAAAUCGUUGUAAAAGAUUUUGGAGUACGUUUUGUCACCUCUUUUGUGUACCUCGGUUUAGGUCGGGAACGAAACAAAGGGACGCUGUGAGAAUGUUUUGCGUAUUUCUGUCAGAUUAAGCAUGUCAGAAUUGUCAAGUUUUUGGCCUUUGCCCAUGUGGGUGGAAUGAAGUAACCAAUGUAAUUUAUAUGCCUGGGAUGAAUCUUUUUAAAACCACAGUCUUGUGUUCUUUUCUACAUUCUUUGUAAUUGCAUGAAGGUGAAUUGACCGAUUAUUAAAAGUUUUGAAUUUAAAAAAAA